CCCAAAAAUUUAGAAACUUUACACAAACCUCUCUUUCUCUGCGAUUCUUCCUCGAACCUUCACCGACUCAAGGACCAAACUUGGGUCAAUUUUUCACUAUCCCAAUCACUGAGUCAAUCCAAACCAACUCGGUGGUGAGUGACCCUGAUUGAAACUCUCUCUUUUAAAAACGAAAUCUUGAAACUUUUCAAUAGGAAUCCAUCCUUUUUCAAUGGCAUGCAAUGUGAUAAAUUCAUGGACCUUCAGUGGCCUAGUGGGGGCUUUUCUUGAUCUAUCAAUAGCUUAUUUAUUGCUUUGUGGAUCAACCCUUUCUUAUUUGGCUUCAAAAUUUCUGGGUUUAUUGGGAUUGUCCUUGCCUUGUCCUUGUAAUGGAUUGUUUGGGUCAACAGAUAAGAGUAAUUGUCUUCAAGCCAUUUUAGUUAAUAAACCAUCUCUUAAAAUCUCCUCUGUUCAAUCUUCUGUUAAGAAAAAGCUCCCUUUUGAUUCAAUUUGGAACAACUUUUAUGAUGAUGAGGAUGAGGAUGAAGAACAGCAUGAUAGUCAAUCAAAUGUCGAUAAGUGGCAAAAUAGGAAUGUCGAAAUGGAAGGGGAAGCAUCUUCUUGUUCAUGGAAUGAGAAGAAGAAUUUUGUUGGAGUAAAAAAAGGAAGCUUUACGCCAUUUCCUAAGUGGAAGGGGUUUGGGAGUCAGAGGCCUAGAGUUGGUCUUAGGCGGCGUAAGAGAGCUGCUAGUGGUCGUCGUGGAAAGGUUUUGUCUUUUUCGUAUGAUUCUUUGGUGUCGAUGACUACCCCAACUGGUUUGAAUUCUUCUGCUAGCAUUGGUAAAUUUGGGAAUGAUAUUACUGAAGGGGGCACGACUUCGGCUAAAUCUGAAGAUGGCUGGGAAACUUCAAAAGAGAUCGAAAUGCCUGAGCAAGGUUCUCAGGGUUUUGAAAUGGAUGAUGACCUUUUUGCUGAGAAUACACUCAUAGAGAAGGAAGUAGCACUGGCUGAGUUCAAGUGCUUGCCACCAGAUCAGGAUUUUGAUGGCAGUGACAGAAAUGCAAUUAGAGUCUUAGAACAAGCUCUAGAAGAAGAGCAUGCUGCUCGUACUGCUCUAUACCUUGAGCUUGAGAAAGAGAGAAGUGCUGCUGCUACUGCUGCAGAUGAGGCUAUGGCAAUGAUAUUGCGUCUGCAAGAGGAGAAGGCAACCAUCGAGAUGGAAGCUAGGCAAUACCAGAGGAUGAUAGAGGAAAAAUCUGCAUAUGAUGCUGAAGAAAUGAACAUUCUCAAAGAGAUCCUAUUAAGGAGAGAAAGGGAAAAGCAUUUCUUGGAGAAGGAAGUUGAAUCUUACAAGCAAAUGUUUUUUGAAAAUGAGCAAUUGGAUGCUGAGAUGUAUGAUACAGCAGCCACACAGGAACAAAAAAGUUCAUCUAUAUAUUCAAAUGAGGAGCCAGUGCUAAAGUUGCAGCAGAACACUGAAUCUGUCGGAGAGAAGGAAAAGACAAAAAUUAACGGUGAUUUUUCAGAGUAUGAGAUCACAUCUAUAAGGUCACUGAAUCAUACUCUUGCUUUUGGGAAAGAAAUACCGAUUCCAGAACUCAAUGAAGAUGCUGGCUCUUUAAAUUCUAGUGUUGAAAUCAAUCGUGCACAUCUGUCUAGAAUUCAUGAUGAGGUUAAUCAAGAAUUUCAGAACAAGGGAAUGGCACUCAAAAACAAGAGUCUCAAUCAUCAAGAGAGACAUGUGCAGUCCAGUCAGUCAACAGAGGGACCUGAUUUGCAUGAGAAAGCCAUUAACCCUGUGGUUGAAGAAGAGGAGCAAUGUGGGGAAACCAGUCCACACCAACGCUUGAUGCCUAAGACAACAGAGGCUUUGGAAGAAGCUAAGAUAAUUUUCCCUUAUAAUAAUGAAAAAGUGGAGAAGCAUGGAGAAGACUUACAUGGCUCCUAUUCUGGUAUUGAUCAUCAUGUUCACGAUGUUCAUGUCAUUUAUGAUGAAUGUAACGUUAAUAAUGUAGAGAAUGGAAACGAAAGUGAGAAGAAGUCAAUUAGUGUUACCUCAAACUUGCCUGGAACAUGUGAUAAUCCAACCAUUGGUGGGUUAGUAAUUGAGCCUGAUAGGAAAAGAAACAGUUUGGACAGAUCUGGCAGAUUACCACCAAUUGGUCCUUCACGAGGCAAACAUUUACCUCCCAUUUUACGUCGAAAUUCCAUGUCUGCUUUCGAUUAUGAACGGCUGAAAAUUGACAAUGAAGUUGGGUGGCUUAGAGAAAGGCUAAAGAUUGUACAGCAGGGAAGAGACAAGCUCAACUUCCCUGUGGGGCACCGGGAGAGGGAACAAGCUCAGUUGCAAAUAUUGGAAAACAUUGCAAGUCAACUUCGAGAGAUACGACAGUUAACAGAACCUGGAAAAGCUUUGCGACAGGCAUCUUUGCCCCCUCCAUCCUCAAAGGUUAUGUCAAAGAGAAGACGUUGGCGGGGUGCUCCUUUAGGAGUAUUGAGAAGCAUUUGAAAGAACCAACAGUUCUCUCGAAUGUUGAUGAUUGAGAUGAGCUAGAGAAUCUGAUCUCUUGGGUCCGUCUGGGACCAGCUGAUAUCUUUUGAAGGUUUGGAUUGCAACUUUCCUCCAAUUGCACUAGUAAGCUGUUUCCAAAAGUAAUUUACAUGUCAGGCGAAAUCUUAGUUGACGGAUAUGCUAGAGAUGGAAGAGGAAAUAUACGAGUUUCUGCUUAUAAUUGUAGAAUCCAAUUUUGACUAUUUGGUAGCCCUGUAGGUUCCAGACAGAAAUGAGCUUCUGCCUAUUACACGUCCUGUAGUUUCCACUUGACAUAUAAAUUUUAUAUCUUAAAGUUUCCUUUUUCACUAAA